UAACGUUUUGUAACAAGUUAAGUAUUAGAAUUUAGAACAGCAUUCCUCGCUUGAUCCCUCGCUCGAUUAAAGAGCUACAUCCAGGCCGGGCAGGUUUGAGAUCAUGUCGCUCACAGAAAAGCCCCCGCAAAAGCAUGUGGCGGUGUUGCCUUUCCCAUUCGGCAGCCAUCCAGUGCCUCUUCUGAAUCUGGUUCGCAAAUUAGCACACGCUGCCCCUGACGUUCGGUUCUCUUUCAUAAACACUGCCAAGUCCAACCACUCACUCUUCUCCGCUGCAAAAGCCGACGUCACCUUCCCACCCAACAUAAAAGCCUAUGAUCUCGACGAUGGCAUACCGGUGGGUCAUGUGCUUUCUGAAAAUCCACUGGAGGCAGUGGAACUUUUUCUCAAUGACUCCCCGGCCGACAACGUCAAAAGGGGGAUAGAGGCGGCAGUCGCGGAGACUGGGAAGAGUAUCUCCUACUUGUUCUCCGAUGCAUUCCUGACAUUUGCUGGGGACGUGGCGGAGUCUUUUCAUGCUGCAUGGAUCCCGGUUUGGCUCGCUUUGCCCUCCUCACUCUCUUCUCAUGUUUACACCGACCUUCUCCGCAAGCGUUACUCCUGUAAUUACGUUGGGGCUGGAGCUAGACGUGAAGAUGAAGAUGGAACCCUGGAAUUCAUUCCAGGGCUGUCAUCAAUGCGUGUUUCAGACUUGCCGGAGGAGGUGCUGGUACUGGAGAACCAAGAAGAGUCACUUUUCUCACGCGCGCUGGCCCAAACUGGAUGGGUGCUACCACGAGCUACUGCUGUAGUAAUGAGCUGCUGUGAAGAGCUAAACCCUCCUCUUCUCAAUCAGGAUCUAGAAACGAAGUUCGGAAAGGUGCUUAACGUGGGCUUUCUCACCAUAUCGUUGCCACCACCGCCAUUGCCACCGUCGAGCUCGGAUUUAACGGGGUGCCUGUCGUGGUUGGAUGAGAGGAAAGCUAGGUCGGUCGCUUAUGUUAGCUUUGGAACUACGGCUUACUUACCCCAUAAAGAGUUAACGGCAAUUGCCGAGGCACUGGAAGCGAGUGGGAUUCCAUUUCUUUGGUCUCUCAAGGAUAAUAUGAAGGAACUCCUGCCCGGAAAGUUUCUUGAAAAGACAAGCUCGCAAGGAAAAAUAGUGGCAUGGACGAAUCAAACACAAGUGCUUGCACAUACUUCGAUAGGUGUCUUCGUGACGCACUGUGGUUGCAACUCUGUGUACGAGGGUAUGGUAUUUGGAGUGCCGAUGAUCGGCCGGCCGUUCUUCGGUGACCAACGAAUGACUGGACGGUUGGUAGAGGAAGUAUGGAAGAUUGGUCUCAUAGUAGAGGGUGGAAAACUCACAAAGGGUGGUUUGCUUAAGAGCUUGGAACUCAUCCUGGAUCAUAAAAUAGGGAAGGAGAUGAGGGAGAAGGCCCAAUCCCUCAAAGAUAUUGUACACAAGGCUGCUAGCCCCGGUGGCAGUGCUACUCGAGAUUUCAGUAAUUUGGUGGAGUUGAUAUCUGCGUCUUAAGCUAGCUAGCAAGACUCGUGUGUAAGCAGUUGAUGAUCUUCGUGUUUUCUGAUCAGUCUGUGUAGCCGCCUCAAAACUGAUUCACCAUGCAUCUAUGUGAUGAAUUAGUUAAUUAAUAAUUAAUCCAUGCGUGACUUGUAUUAA